GACAAACUGCAUUGCGUAACUUGCUUACUACAAAAAUCAAUGCAGUAUGCACUGCCCCUUUAAAGUAGGCUACUGUCUGAUGUCCCUUGGUCCAGAGGAAAACGAAACUUAACCAGGAAAUGAAAGUGAACAAGUAUUAAAAUGAGAAAUCCGAGGAGUUUUCACCAUAGACUGUAUAGCCUACAAUAGGUUUUCACGUUUCUCGAGGUCACUGACACCGCAAGAUUUCCCUGUUAAGAGCAGGCAUAUUUUGAAGAGAAGUUGAUUUUAAAUUGUGAUUAUUUCUAUAGGAUAGAAUAGGCUUAGACUUAUUACGGCAACCAGCAUGACGUCCUCUGAAGAUAUAAAGAGAGUCUUUAAGGUCAACACUCUUGAUGUUGAAUGCAUCCUAUCAGUUAAGACUGAGUUAGGCAUUCUGGAUUCAGUCUUAAAAUUGAACCUGGACUAUGCCAUGAAAGCUCUAGAGGCCAUGCCCAUGUCCAAAAAGACCAAUGCUGUACUACAGGUGGAAGGAGAGCAAGGACUUUUCACAUUCUAUUCAUAUCCAUUUGACCCCCCUCCCUUCCAUUAUGUUGUGCGGAGUGACAAUAAUGGUCUCAAACUGCUUCAGAAAAUCAACGUGAAUAAUAAGCAGCUGACAAUUGAAGACAUUUGUGAGUCACACUUUAUUGGACAUUGUUGCAGGGAUGAAAUUAAGAGUUGCAUGAAGCAGGCACAUGAGAAAGUGGCCUCUAAAAAGGAAGGUCUUGGCAAUGUGGACCUGAAGAUCAUAUGUGGAGAGCUGCACCUCACCUACAUCACUCUGAACCCCUCCAGUGCCAUUGAGAUCCGACCUGAUCGAAGAGUAAAAAUUGAGAAUAACUAUCUGAGCGACGUCCUGAGAGCGAUGAACCAAAUGGAGAAGUGUGGGGAGAUGUCCCCAGGAAUGUUGGCCUGCUUCCAGCACCUGAUAGCUUCCAGCCCUAAAGCUAAACAUAAGGGUGCUGUCCAGAUCUUGCUCAUGAGUGAAGGCAAAACAGUUGAGUUUCUUCAUCGUGAUGACCUUGAGCCUAAAGAUAGUUUUGUUAUAUUCAUUGGUGCUAACAACAAACCAGAGAUGCGCCAUACGACAGACCACUGUCUUUAUUAACAUGGGAAAGAAACCAUAUUGAAAUCAAGGGUCUUUUACAUGAUAUAAGAUCAGCGAAUAAGAAGCGUGUUUUCUAUCAUUCCACAAGUAGUCUGAAUUAGGCCUAUAGCAUUAACAUAUGAUAGCAUAUUUUUACUACCAUAUUUCUCUUAAGACUCAGUCAGGACGAUGGAAUAUCAGGAUCCAGGCUUUUAUUCUUUUCAAUCAGGGGCCGGUGCCCCUCAAGGGAGAGAUGGAUGUUUGUGUCACCCCAUCAUGGGUUUCACCAGUAUUCUCUGACUAUACAAAAACAAGUCUACCAUAUUUAAGUUACACACAAAGGGAAGUUCUUCAAAGGCCUGGCCUCAUACUGUUUCUACACAACACUAACGUUUCACACCUGGUGAUAGGCAAAAGGCCUAGGCUUAUGAAUUCAAGGAUAAACAAAGGAUACUCUGAAUAUACAGACCAAAGACACAAGAGAUACAUACACAUGUAUACAAAAAUCACAAAUGACCAUAAGAAGUACACAGUAUGUACAUUUACAGAAAUGAUUCUGAUUCACAACACUUUCACAUAACAGACACCAGAGAGGAUUUAGGGAGAAUGAACAUUGGGAUGGACCAUCCAGUUCAAUUGAACAUUUUGUUACAUCUGAGGAGCCUUUUAAUUAUGUAAUCAAUGAAUGGGUUUGACUUUUGAGCUCAACUUCUCCGCUUCAUCUUUUCAGUGUUACUGUAUACUAUUUAUUAGCUUAAACAUUGGAAUCUUUGUCAAAUAUUUAGUAAUAUUGUAUUAGUUUUUUCCAAUAUCGACUGAUUUUGACUUUGUAUAUUACAUUGCACUUUUAUGCUUCUUCUGGUUAGACACAAACUGCAUUUCGUUGUCUUUGUACUUGUAUUCUGCACAAUGACAAUAAAGUGGAAUCUG